AUGCAGCCGUCAACAUUACCCCGGACACGGAAACCCGAUGUCCUAUACUUUGCCUACGGGAGCAAUCUCCAUGUUGCCCAGAUGGCCAAGCGGUGUCCUUCAAGCGUCUUCAUCGGCACGGGGACACUCUCGGGUUACAGGUGGCAGAUCAACGAGCGUGGGGUGGCCAAUGUGGUCUCUGCGGAUGACUCUUCAGUCGAGGGCCUUGUGUACCUUGUCAAUGCCCGGGAUGUGAAGGCACUGGAUCGCUCAGAAGGUGUGGCUAGGAAGUUGUACCAAAAGCACAUGUUGGAAAUUGUCCUCCAGCGCCACAGACAAUACUCCUCAUUCACAUCCGCACGCUUAGCCCAUGUGCUUGAAGAAGCGUCAAACUCGUCAGAUCAAGCGUUCGGUCAAACAUCGCAAUCAGCGGGUGGAAACUCAGACUCGGAUCCAGAGGGCUCUUCCCAUCCACAUGGUCCUCCGUCGAAUGGCCCGCCCAGUCAACGACAACAGAGGGCAUAUCGCCCUCUAGACAUCAAAGCUUUGGUCUACGUGAGCGAAAACUACGCAACUGAUGGCAUGAUUCGAGAAGAAUACAUCGCACGCAUGAAAAACGCUGUCUCCAAUGCUAGUACCCUUGGAGUCUCACAGCCGUUUCUCGACAAAUACAUCGUCCCUCACCUAAAACCUGGCGACGGGGAACCCGCUAUACCGGACCAAGUUCAGGAGGGGAAUCAGGAGCAAAAGCAGCAAGAGGAGGAGCAAGAGGAUAAAAAGGAGGAGGGAAAUGCCGGCGAAUCGCCCGACACUGCCGCCAUUAACGACGCUGCCACCAGCAACACAGCCGACAAGUCUUUCGGGCAGACAAAGGAAACUCAGGAGGUCCAGAGAGAAGGACGGUUCGACGCCGUUAUAGUCGGUGCCUGUGUCUUGGCUACCGCUGGGUGGUGUUCUAUGACUCUCCUGUAA